AUGUCACCUAUAAUUUCUGUUAAAGCUUCCAAAGAUAUACGAAGAAUUGUUGAAUUAUCGGAUACAGGUUGUGAUGCCAGAUUACCAGUAUCUAAAAUUGCACGACACAUUAAUCGACCUCAUUCUCCAAAAUUGACUAAGAUAAAACAACACGGAAAUUGGGAAUCGUAUUGCCCAGAAAAAAUCGAAAAUAAAUCUUACGGAGAAAGAUUUCGCGUACAAAAUGAAUCAGACGCAAUGGAUACUGAAGAAUGUUUCUUUAUUCUUAAAGAAGAUGGAACUAAUCAGUACUACUUGCAAAAUCACUCUCCACAUGAAGAUUUUACUGAAAACGUAGAAUUCAAGAGAAGUCCAGGGUCCAAGGACUUCAGAACCAAAUUAAGAGCAUCACCUGAUAGAUUAAGAUCAAAUUCCUGUGAACCAGAUGACGAAUCUUACGAAAUCUCAAACACCUUUCGCAAUAAUCCUAACAUAACUCAUGAAAAUAUUCUAAACGAUAUAAAAAAAAACAAUCCUUUUCAAUCCCAUCCAACGAGACCAAAAAGUGCUGGAGCUAAAUUAAAAUUCGCUCGUCCCAAUUAUCCUAACAAUAGAUUAGAUGCUAACCUUAUUGAUCAACCUAUUAUCGAUAGAGGAAUGGUCUUUGUGAAACAAGAUAAUUCAGAAGACUUCAUAUCCACAGAAAUCCCACGAAAUUCACCAAGAUACCAGAAACUUCACUGGCAAAGACUGAACAUGUCCUCUUGUAACGACAUUGAAGACCAUAUCGACGAAAUAUCGCAUAGAAAUCACAGAUUUUCUAGGUACAGUUCAAGAAACGAAAAACCAGUCAGUUCAGCGAAUUCAAAUAAAAUGUCAAAAGACUGGAUUGAAUUGACUCCAGACAGAAUUCGAUCCAGAACAUGGUCAUCACCUAUAGAUCGACGAAAAAAAACACGAUGUUUUUCAAAAAAUGUCUGUGAAAACUUAGAUCAAAUUGAAAAUAAACAGGAUAAUAAAAUUUCAAAUGACGAAUAUUCUAAAUAUUCUAGGUUAAGAAACACGAAUUCUAAUCGUUCCAUAGACAAACCAAGACUAUUCGUGGAUCGUGCAGUGGAUAAAGACAGUUUAUCUGACUUACGAAAUGUUUGUACAUCCACUGAACAUCUUUCUAGCUCGACUAUUUUUGACACGUUGUCGAAUCAGGUUGAAAAGAGUAAUAUUAAAAGUAGCUUUUGGGACUUUAUUCCAUUGGACGAUAAAAAUAAUGGAAAAUGCAAGGAAGUUUCUGAAAAUAAGAAAAUUGGUUAUCCAUAUCAACAACACGUUCCUUUAGACAGUAAUACUUAUCCAAUUCUGAAACAUUCAGCGAAGAAUAAUGACUGUUCAAAAUGGAAAAAUAGAUUUUCGCAAAACGAUUCUGUGAAUAAUCCAUCGCCAUUAAUAAAACGUCAAAAUGCAUCAGAAACUACUAAUGAUAAAAGAAACUUCUUUGUUUCUUCUUCUCAUAAUGAACGAUUUAACAAACUUUCAGCAAACAGCAAAAAAGUAAAAGAAGAAUUAAAUCCUAACCUCGAGAAAAGUCGAAUUACGAUUCCAAAUAUUCAUAAAAAUUCUAAAAUUGUGGAUUCUAUAAAGAAUCAAGAGGAAUAUAAAUAUGAAUCUAAGAGUCAGAGUAAAAUUGGAAAUAAACAUACUUUUGGAUGGACAAACAAAGCAAAUAAGUAUUUGAAGAGACCAGGUAGCGUUUUGAAGAAUGAAAAUGAUAACAAGAAGAAAAUAGUGAAUGCUAGCGACAUCUCCAACGUUACCAACAAUCAGAAAGUUAGAACAAAUAUUAUGGAGAGAACAGCGGCAUGUUUGAAACGAAAAUUAGAUAAAUCGAAGAUUAAGGAAUAUUCGACAAGCAAUCAGCUCUCACCAAUAGUGAUAGAGAAGAAAAUUCGUUCCGAAGUUUCAGCUUGCUCCAAAUUACCGAUAAGAAUAGGAAAUCGUCGAAGAUCGAGAAAUCCAAUGACGAGGGAUCAAUUUGAUUUCAAGUUUAUUUCUAAAGAAGAAAACAAAGAGAUAGAGAUGAAAGAAUUGAAAGAAGAUUCGUGUAGGUUAAGUUCUGUGAGAUCUCGAACGAAACCGAAAAUAAAACCAAGUGUGAUGUUAGAUGAAGCGAUUGACUUUAUCGACACGGUGAAAAAUUUCCAAUCGAUGGAAAGUGGAGGAUCUAAUUUAGAAAAUAAAAAUAAAGUUAAGGAUUGUUUGGUAAAUAAUUUAAAAGCGAAAUCGAUUUUAAUUGAAGAUCGCGUUGAUAAUAAUCUAGUUGGUAACGUAGAUACGAAGGAAAAUUCGUCGACUUUGAUAGAUUCUUCCAAAAAUGGAAAUCUGGAAAUUAAUAACAUCGUAGAUGGAAAUAAUGAAGAAAUGGAAAUUUUGAACGUGGAAGAAGAUCAACGAAAGAGAAAUGUCACGAACCGUGGACGAGAAAUGAAUCGUAAGAAUUAUUUGACGAAGGAAAUAGUUGAUGGUAUCGCGAGAAGUGGUCUUAAAGAGAAAUGUUGUUUUCGUUUGAAUGAUGAGGAGCGUAUUGCAUGUAAUAAUUAUUAUAAUAAGGAACAUAGGAAUUUGGACUUUUUCCGAUCGCGAAAGCCUACAGCAAUCAAAUCGCAAUUCUGAUAUAUUGAGAUUUAAUUAUCGAACUUAAAACGUUAACUAGAUGAAAUCAUGAAAUAAAAAAUAAAAAAAUAGAAUUAAGAUAAUACGAAAACGUGAUAAUUACACAUCGCAGACUGUAAUUGAUUUGAAAACUAUAAUAUGUAUUUUUUAA